UUCCUUUGCAGCGCGCUUUAGCUUACGCAUCUGCAAGACCGCCUCAAUGACCUGACAACCUUCCCUCUCAGUGUGCACUCAAGAGGCCGUCGCCGACAUCGUCUUCAUGGUCGACGGCUCGUGGAGCAUCGGCACCGAGAACUUCAAACAGAUCCGGAAGUUCCUGUACACGCUGGUCGACAGCUUCGACGUCGGCCCCGAGCACGUCCGCAUCGGCCUGGUGCAGUACAGCACGACUCCUCGCACCGAGUUCCUGCUCAACACCUAUCAGAACAAGACGGACAUCCUGCGGCACGUCGACACCUUGCCUUACAUGGGGGGCGGCACCCAGACGGGCCAAGGCUUGGACUUCAUGCUGAGUAAGCACUUUGUGGCGACAGCCGGGAGCCGCUGGGACCAGAAAGUGCCGCAGAUCGCCGUGGUGAUCACUGACGGCAAAUCGCAGGACAACGUGGAGUCCCACGCCCAGGAUCUGAAGAGAAGGGGAAUCAUUUUGUACGCAAUCGGUAUCAAGGAUGCGGAUGAGGAGCAGCUGAAGGAGAUAGCCAACGAGCCGCACAGUCAGCACGUCUACAGCGUGUCGGACUUUGCAGCCCUGCAGGGGAUUUCUCAGAGCAUCGUCCAGACGCUUUGCACGACCGUGGAGGAAGUCAAACGACAACUCCUGCAAGUGUCUCAAGAAUGUGCCAAAGCCACCGUGGCCGACAUCGUCUUCCUGGUCGACGGCUCCUCCAGCAUCGGCGACACCAACUUCCAGGAGAUCAAGGUGUUUCUCCGAAGUGUCAUCUCAGGCCUGGAUAUCGGCGCCGACAAAGUCCGGAUCGGCGUGGCUCAGUACAGCGAUGAGCCGUACCAGGAGUUCCUGCUGAAGGACCACAUGGACAAGAACUCGCUGCUGGCCGCCGUGGACGCGUUUCCCUACCGGCAAGGCGGCACGGAGACGGGCAAGGCCAUCGACUUCCUCCAGCAGCAGUACUUCACGGAGGCCGCGGGGAGCCGAGCCGGCCAACGGGUGCCUCAGAUCGCCGUCGUCAUCACCGACGGAGACUCCGCGGACGAUGUGGUGCAACCGGCCCAGAGCCUGAGGCAGCACGGAGUCCUGGUGUUCGGCAUCGGGGUCGGAGAAGCCAACAUGGAGCAGCUGGAGUACAUCGCUAACCGGCCACGGAGACUCUUCCUCCACUCCAUCGCCAGCUACCAGGCUCUGAAGAGGCUCACGGAGGGUCUGCUGAGGACCGUCUGUGUCUCGGUGGUGGAUCAGACCGAAGCCUUGGCGGAGACCUUCGCGGACAUCUUCUUCCUGGUGGACAGCGGCGUGACGGCAGCAGAGUUCCAGCAGAUCAGAACCGUCCUGGUCCGACUGGCCAACCAGCUGAACCUGGGCGCGUCCGCCUACCGCCUGGGCCUGGCCCAGUACGGCCAGGACGUCAAGGUGGAGUUCCUCCUGAACGCCCACCAGACCAAGGAGGAGACCCAGAAGGCCGUGAAGAACUUCCGCCAGAGGAAGCUUCAACCCAACGAGCCCCGCCGACUGGGCGGCGCGUUGGCGUACGCCAGCACUCACUUCUUCACCAAGGAAGCAGGAAGCCGGGCGCAUCAAGGCUACCGAGAGUUCCUGGUUGUCGUGAGUGGGAAAGACUCGGACGAUCCGGUGUAUAAGGAGUCGCGUCUGAUCAAAACGUCCGGGGUCACCGUGGUGGGGUUGAGCCUCGGAGCGUCGGAGCAGGAAAUGCGUCUCAUAGCCACCUCGCCGUACAUCUACACAUCCAUCAGCAACAUCGUCCCCACGCUGAGGGCGACCUUUGAAACAGAGGAAAUGCAGUUAACUCAAACUCUAG